UUUUGUUUUAGUUUUUUCCAACAGUUGGAGUUAAGUAGAGUAGAGUGCGGCCGCUUUGCGUAAAGAGCCACCAUGCCGACCAAGAACUGUGUUGACGAGCGGAUCUCAAAAUACAAAAACAAAGGGAAAGAUCCAACAAAGCUGCGAGAGAAACGCAUCUCUGUGUGCGUGGAGCUCCGCAAAGCGCACAAGAACGAACGGUUCCUGAAGAGAAGAAACCUCUCGCUGUCGUCUCUCCAGGACGACGAGGCCCACUCUCCUAGUUACAUCUCCAACGAGAUGGUGGCGUUUCUAUCCAUCGAGGAUAUCGUUCGAGACGUGAACUCCGACAGCAGGGAGUCCCAAACUCGGGGAUGUCAGGCAGCCAGGAAGCUGCUGUCUCAGGAGCGUAGUCUCCCGCUGAAGGAGAUCAUCGAUGCCGGUCUGCUGUCCCGCUUUGUGUCCUUCUUGAGUAUGGACGAUGAGUCGACUCUGCAAUUUGAAGCCGCUUGGGCCCUUACAAACAUUGCUUCUGGAACAUCUUGGCAUACUCAACAGGUGGUGGAACAUGGGGCUGUACCAGCUUUCAUCGCCUUGCUUGCGUCACCAAUGUUGCACAUCAGUGAACAGGCUGUCUGGGCUCUUGGAAACAUUGCUGGUGAUGGUGCAGCUUAUCGGGACAUCCUGAUUGAGUGCAAUGUUGUCCCAGCUUUACUUGCCUGCAUCUCGCCGGACACACCCGUUGGCUACCUGCGAAACUUGACAUGGACAUUGUCCAACUUGUGUCGCAAUAAGAACCCAUAUCCACCCUUGUCUGCUGUUCAGCAGCUGCUACCUUCUCUGAUCCAGUUGCUCCAUCUCAAUGAUAAAGACAUCUUAUCUGAUGCGUGCUGGGCAAUCUCCUACCUGUCUGAGGGUGACAAUGAACGUAUUGAUGUUGUGGUGAAAACUGGCAUUGUCUCUCGGCUGGUGGAGCUGAUGAGCCACAAGGAGCUCAGUGUCAUGACUCCAGCUCUGCGUUCGAUCGGAAACAUAGUGAGUGGCUCAGACGUGCAGACCCAGGUGGCAAUUGAUGCUGGAGUUUUAAAAGUCCUACCUCAACUGAUGAGGCACCCGAAGGCCAGUACACAAAAGGAGGCGGCGUGGGCAUUGUCCAACAUCGCUGCUGGGCCUAGUAGACAAAUCCAACAGCUCAUCACCUGCGGCCUGCUCCCUGUACUUGUGGAACAGCUCAGAAAUGGAGACUUCAAAACUCAAAGGGAGGCAGUGUGGGCAGUGACAAAUUUCACCAGUGGAGGCGCUGUGGAGCAGGUGGUCAAUCUGGUGCAGAGCGGAGCCCUGGAGGCGAUCAUUGACCUGUUGCAUGUCAAAGAUGCAAAAGUCAUUCUGGUCAUACUAGAGGCAAUCAACAACAUUUUCCUGGCAGCAGAGAAGCUUGGCGAGACGGAGAAACUUACCCUCUUGGUGGAAGAGCUGGGAGGCCUGGACCGCAUUGAGAUGCUGCAGAACCAUGACAAUGAUAUGGUGUACCAGGCUGCUCAUGCCCUCAUAGAGAAGUACUUUGGAGACGGAGAAGUUGUGGGUGUCAAGGUCGAGAGUACAGAUGACUCGUUUGUAUUUAUGACAUCUGAACCUCAGGGAACCUUUGAAUUUUAAACCAGGUGGUUGUCUUGCAUGUUUAAACUGAAUAAAUAAAGAUUGUACAUUAA